AUGUCUAAUGUUCAGGCCCGUACCGUUUUAUGGUAUCUGGUAUUUAUCGGCUUUGCCGUCAAUUAUAUGAUACGCAUCAAUUUGAAUAUUACAAUUGUGGAAAUGGUUGUAUCGACAAAAAGUAAGACGAUAUCAGCGGCGGCGGCGGCGACAACAACAACAUCAUCUCCGGCAGCAGCAGUUGCCUCUGAAGCAUUUGAUGCCUUGGCAGAAUUGCCGGCAUCAUUGCGCUCCGCGUCAUCGAUGUCUGGUGAAAUAAGCGAUUAUAACACUACAACAAUAGCAACAAUAACUGCGAAGACUACUGAGGAACUAAAUGCUGGCGAACGGUAUAAUAGCACUUCUUCCGGACAUUUGCAUGAGAAUCUAAAGAAUGAUGCAGCAGCAUCAUCGCAUCUCAUUCCCCAUGAACAGGUGCGCUUCAAUUGGAAUGAAUACCAGCAGGGUUUAGUAUUGGGUUCCUUUUUCUGGGCCCAUUGGGUGACACAGAUACCUGGUGGUAUUUUGGCCAAAAAAUAUGGUACCAAAUUGGUAUUUGGUCUGGCAAAUGCCAUUGGCUGUUGGAUGUGUUUCCUGAUACCCUAUGUAUCACAUUGGGAUUAUAGGGCCCUCAUAGUACUAAGGGUCCUGCAAGGAUUGGUUACGGGUCUUGCCUGGCCUGCUAUGCAUGUGUUGACCGCCAAAUGGAUUCCGCCCAAUGAACGCAGUAAAUUCGUGACAGCCUAUUUGGGUAGUUCGGUGGGCAUAGCUGUCUUCUAUCCCUUCUUUGGUUACAUUAUGCAUUGGGGUUCAUGGAUUUGGGUCUAUCAUUUCUGUGGUAUUUUGGGUACCGUGUGGUGGUUCGGUUGGCUUUUCUUUGUCUAUGAUUCACCGGCUCAACAUCCACGUAUUAGUGAAUCGGAAGUGAGAUAUAUUGAAAAGUCGCUGGGUGCAUCGGUUCAUAGUGCCAAGGCUGUGGGGACACCAUGGAAGGAAAUUUUACUUUCCCGUCCGGUGUGGAUGAAUGUCAUUGCCCAAUGGGGUGGUAUAUGGGGCUUGUUUACGCUAAUGACUCAAGCUCCGACAUAUUUCCGUGUCAUACACAAUUGGAAUAUUCGAGCGACUGGCAUAUUAUCUGGCCUGCCCCAUUUGAUGCGCAUGAUUUUCGCCUAUUUCUUUUCCUUAUUUGCCGAUUAUCUGCUAAGGACAGAGAAAAUGAGCCGAACAAAUCUGAGGAAAUUGGCAACGGCAAUUUGUUGCAUUGUCAAGGGUCUGGUGGUGGUGGCCUUGGCCUAUUUCGGCCACAAUUCUACGGCAGCCAUUGUCCUUCUCACCGUGGCAACAAUGUUCCAUGGUGCAGUGUCAUCGGGCCCCCUGGCCUCUAUUGUGGAUAUUGCACCCAAUUUUGCGGGGAUUGUGUUGGGUAUUAGUGGCAUGAUUGGUGUGCUGCCGGGAUUCAUAUCACCCUAUAUUGUGGGCGUAUUGACCCUGGGAAAUCAAACCUUUGAAUCCUGGAAAUAUGUCUUCCUAAUAUGUGCCGCCAUGCUAAUUGGCAGCGGUGUCCUGUAUGUCCUCUUCGCCGAAUCCACAUUACAGAAGUGGAAUGACUAUAACUCCCGGGCGGAUGACAAGGAGUUAAUGCAGCUAACCAAAGAUGAUUUAAUUACGGCAAAAGUCAAUCUAAAUAAGACUGAAGACAUUAAGGCGGAGAGUGAAGUGGCGGACGAGGAGAAAGUUCAAAAUACCUCAGGUUAA